AUGAUACCGAACGUUGCUAUCGCUGAUUCAAUAGAGCCGAAUCAUUCUGUUUCUCAACCAUCCAAAAUGAAAACGGCACAAAUAAUAUGUUUCGCAUUGAUUGCUAUUAUGAAUUUAAGUUCAUGGAUUGAUCUAUUUGGUGUAUUUACUGAACUACCGUUAAUCAUACCACUGGUACCUGAAGGAUGGACAUUGCCAUCUAUGAUGUUAGUAUGUAAUUGUGCAGCAAAUCUACUACCAGUUUUAGUGGUCUUUUUGCGUUGGUAUCAAGGAAAAAAAUUUUCGGAAAUUCCUUAUAUCUAUUUGAUUAUUACUGUUGGAAUUGUUUCGUGCUUUUUAUUGUCUUUAUUGUGGCACAAGACAGUUUAUUUAUUUGGUCGUGAAAGAAGCGUUUGGUUAAUUGGAUUGGUUUUUACUAUAUCCUUGCUUGAUAAUACGUCAUCAUUGGUGUUUUUCGAUUAUAUGAAACGAUUUCGUGGUCUGUACUUAACUGCUGCUUUUCUUGGCGAAGGAUUUACUGGCACAAUUCCAACAAUAUUAUUAUUGUUACAAGGAAUAGGAGGUGAAGCGAUUUGUGUUAGAACGAGCAAUGAUACUCUCUUGAAACCGACUUUUACCGAACCACGAUUUAGUGUUCGAAUAUAUAUGCUUGUUAUCACUGGUAUUAUCGUUGCGUCUUUGUUGGCAUUUCUUUUACUUCGAUGGACGAAUAUAAUCUCAUUAGCUGAUGCCGCAGAACCGGCUAACUUUAGUGAGGAAACGGAGCUAGACAUCGUACGUAAUGGAGAAGAAGAAAAGUCAGCAAUCAUUUCGACAAACGAAUCCGUCCAAACGCCAAUAGCAAUAGUACCGAAACAAACAACAGAGAAAACAUUUCUUUUUCUUCUUUGUAUCAAUGUUGCUAAUUCGUUAGUAGUGUACGGUAUUUUACCAUCAUUAAUUACCUACAUUAUAUUACCAUAUGGACAAAAGGCACUUUAUUAUUCGACUUUUCUUGAUACAAUAGGAUAUACAACGGUUUUACUAUUAAGUAUUCGACAUCCCCAUCUAUCAAUGAUUUCUACCAUUGCUGCAUCAAUUGUUUCAUAUAUCAUCGCUAUAUUUUUAAUUUUUAUUGCUACUCAAAGUCCAUGUCCUUGGUGGGCGGAUACUAUUCAUGGAGGAUUCAUUAUCAUAUUUAGCCAUUUGAUAAUGGCAUUGAUAACUGGCUAUGUACGCAUCACGAUAGGUAAUCGAAUUAAAGAUCAAUGGUCAAACAAAAAUGGUCUGUUCUAUUUUGGUAUCAGUGUACAAUUGGGAUCGGCUUUGGGUACAGUACCGACAUUCUUAAUGAUUAACGUUUUUGAUUUAUUUGUUGCACGUGAACCAUGUCACGUUUACUGUAUUACAUGA